CUGGCGCAGCCGCCCAGGUCCUGAGCUAGGGCGCUGGAGCGGAAUCACCAGGAUGCUCAGGGCUCCCGAGCCAGGGCCCCAGGAGGCGGGGGCAGCCACUCAGGGCAAGCCACUCACCUCCUUUCUCAUCCAGGACAUCUUGCGGGAGGGCGUAGAGCGGCGCGGCAGCCACACUGGCAGCCUGCAGCCGCUGCUCCGGCCGCAGCCCACUCGCCCACCGGCCCCGAGGCGACACCCUGAGCCGGAGCCCGAGGGCGGAAGAGGUGGCGCCGGGGCGCAGGAGGAUGAGCCGAGCGCCCGGCCCCGCACCGCACCGGGGAAGGCCGUGCCGCCGGGGGAGACCGAACCAGAUAGGCACUUGGGAACUUAUCUGUUGGACUGUGAAGACACUUCGGGUGCCUUGCCAAGCGUUCCCGAAACCCCCAAGCAGCCGCAGAAGCGCUCCCGAGCUGCCUUCUCCCACACGCAGGUCGUUGAGUUAGAGAGGAAGUUCAGCCACCAGAAAUACCUGUCAGCUCCUGAAAGGGCUCACCUGGCCAAGAAUCUCAAGCUCACCGAGACCCAAGUGAAAAUAUGGUUCCAGAACAGACGCUAUAAGACCAAACGAAAGCAGCUCACCUCGGACCUGGGUGGCCUGGAGAAGCCCUCCUCCUUGCCAGCCCUGAAAGACGAGGGUUUCUCCCGAGCCUCCAUCCUCUCCAUGUACAGCCUCUAUCCUCACUAUCCUUACCUGUACUGCUUGGGAGGCUGGAGCCCGGCUUUCUGGUAACAGCAGCUCAGAAAUCAACUAUGUGUGAUCAGAAACUGUCUUCCCCAGACUGUCUCUCUGGAAAGCAAAAGGGACCAAGGUCAGGGAGGACUGGGGAGCAAGAGACGUGCAGCCAAAACGGUUAAAGGUUUGCCUGGAAAACCCAGAUUCUUCACUGGUGGCCAAUGAAAAAUCUGGGCCCGUGCCUAGUUUAAUAUUCACAUAGUUUCCCCAACACAUAACGUAGGUCAUUUUUGCUUUUAGAGACUUGCCCGAAGUGGGGAUGGAUACAGUUAAGUGCUGUUUACAGCACCGUGUGUGAUUUGGUGUGAGCCGCCGUCCACAUCGCUUCUGGGGAUUCUGUUCCUACAACUCCAUCCGCUGGUGUAGUGGAGCACUGACUGAAAGAGCAGUCCUGAGGGAGACAGGACAACCAAGAUGAGGAUGAAUUAGACUUAAGUUCGAGAUCUUCCUUGGCCUUGGAAUAUGACCAAAUUUUCUCUCUGUCCCUGUAAGAGAGAGGGAACUAGAGGAUGUCACCAAGAAACCCAUCGUGCUCAGGGCACCUUGGCUUGGGCUAUGGAGAUGGGUAG